AUGAUGGUUAUUCAUUUUUUAGAUACAUAAUGGCACAUAUAUGGGCUAGCCCACCAAGUGAAGGAGAUGAUUAUAUUUUUAAUUGUCAUCCACCUGAGCAAAAAAUUCCAAAACCAGGAAGACUGCAUGAGUGGUAUAAAAUUUUGAUAGACAAAGGUAUAAAAAAUGGGAUAAUUGUAGAUUAUAAGGAUAUUUUCAUGCAAGCUUUGGAAGAUAAUUUGAAAAGUGUAUCUGAAUUACCUUACUUUGAUGGAGAUUAUUGGCCUGAUGUUUUGGAACAUAGUAUUAAGGAACUUGCCAAUGAAGAGAGGAAAGCAAAAGCAUCUGCAGUUGCAUCAUCAAAAUUGAAUAUCGAACAAGAAGAUGACAUGCAGCCUCAAAAGAAGAAACGCAAAAGUGAUUGCAGUAAAAUGUUAAAUAAAAGUAAAUGUAGUCACAGAAAAAGCAACAAAUUUAAUGUUAUGUUCCCUAGCAACGAUUUGUCAGCAAAAUUGUAUUCUACCAUGGAAAAGUUCAGAAAGGCCUUUUAUGUUAUCCAUUUACAUUCUGCUGAAACGGCUGAAAAAUUACCUCCUGUUGUGGAUCCUGAUCCUUCGAUUUCUUGUGAUCUGAUGGAUAGUAGAGAUGUUUUUUUAACAUUUACUAGAGAAAAUAAUUAUGAAUUUUCUUCAUUACGUAGAGCAAAAUUUUCCACUAUGGCUCUGUUAUGUGAAUUACGCACUCAAGGCCAAGAUAAUUCUGUGUUUGUAUGUAAUAAGUGUCAUAAAUAUAUUGAAGGAAGAUACCAUUGUCCUAUAUGUGAUGAUUUUGACUUAUGUGUCAGUUGUUAUGGGAAAGAAGGUCAUAAUCAUGAAAUGGAAAAAGUAGGCUGUGGGAUAGAUCAUGAUUCUGCAGCAUCUGAUAGCAAACAAGCAAAUCUUGUAGAUUCCAGAAAUUUAUUCAUCCAGUAUGGUGCACAUUUCAUGGUGCAUGCCUAUCAAUGUCGAGAUGCAAACUGUUCUAUGCAGCAAUGUCGAGCCAUGAAACUAGCUAUUCAGCAUGCAUCUAGUUGUGUACAAAGAACUAGUUGUAAUUUGUGCAGAAAGCUUCAUAUAUUUCGCAUACAACACAGUAAGAAUUGCCAGGAAACUAGUUGUGUUAUUCCAGGUUGCUCAAUGGUCAAACUUAAGUUACACUUGCAUCGGCCUCUGCUCUCAGCACUGAAUCAGGCUUAGAAGGUACACCUCCUUUGUGAUUUAUCCUGUAACAUAUCCUGAAAAUUACCAUUAUAACUGGUAAAGUGUAGCUGGAAAUAUCUGAUACAAUAUAUGAUUUCUAAUAUUUGCUACAGUUUUGUGCAUGAAUCAUCUCUAAAAAUGUAUUAAAUAUUAUAAAUGAAAUAUUUUGGAGGUAACAGCACAUCUCUAGAAGUCUAGAAGUGUCAUGUAAAUAUUUAUUUUAUCUCAAGAAGUGUUGUGUAAAUAUUUAUAAUGAAAUAAAUAAAAAUUCAGAAUAUG